AAAACAAUAAAGUUGUACUCGUUAUUCGUUCAUUAGUUCCCCAAAGGCCGAAAGAGUCUCCCUCAGCUAUGAUUAAUCAUCAGAAAAUUAGGAAUUGUGUUAUUUUGGCAUGUCUUUUUGGCACGGCAAUUGCCUUUGACUGCCAAGGUCAAGAGGGAAUAUUUCCAGAUCCUGAGAACUGCCAAAACUUCUACCAAUGUGUGUACGAUCGGCCUCCAUUCUUGAACUCAUGCCCCCCUGGAACGCUCUUCGAAGAGUUGACACAAAUUUGCAACUUUGCUGGAGCUGUCGAUUGCGGAGGGCGACCUUUACCCGAUGGGGUCACAACUACCACAACAACACCAGGUAACACUGAUCCAAAUGUGACAACAAUGACUCCGACAUCAAGCACCACAACCACAACCAGGUCUCCCAGCCCUCCUGGUCCAAACCGAUUCCCAAACAAGGUCUUGGGCAUGUAUUUGGCACUGGCUGAUGAGGCCGCUGAUGGAGAUUUUGGCACCGACGCCGAUUGGGAGCCUCGACUCUAUGAAUAUCAACAACAAGGCUCCAACGUACUGUUCUUUACUUUCAUCAAUCCAGCUGACAUGAGAGUACCAACCUCGUUCCAAAAGUUGGCUGCCACUCGAGGAACAGGAGUAGAGGGUGCCAUUCCUAGUGACACUUUGAUCUUAUUCGCUAUCGGUGGUUACUUGUACAGUUUUGAAACUAACCCAUGGGAUUGGCUCACCACCCAAGAAAAGGCCGAGGCCAUGGCGAUGCAAGUGGCUGAAUGGCCAGCCAUGUACGGAUGUGACGGGAUCGAUUUGGACAUCGAAGAAGGAGCCGGUUCCCGACCCGAGGCUGGUCCCAAUUUGGUCCACUUCAUUCAAAAACUGCGGCAGCUUCAGCCGGAUAUUAUUAUUGGCCAACCUACCUAUGGCUUUCCUCAGGUUCAAGCUGAGUCUGAUGUAAUCAAUGAGUCAUGGAAUGUGGAUGGAUCAAACAAUAAUCUUGCUGAUUCUAUUGGAAUCAUGACCUAUGAAGGCACACAGGCUCUUAAUUAUGUAGAUAACUUCGCUUUGGGAAGUGAACAAUGGGAUGGUUUCCCGAUCUUGGUGAAUGUGCCUACUAACAGCAUUAUGGUGGGAUGUAAGGGAUCAGCUAGCGCUUCAACCAUUAUGGAACUGGCUCAAGAGAGCCUGAAUAGAGAUCUUUUGGGGGUCAUGGUGUGGUAUGCUUCUGUGGUCAAUGGCUUCCGCUACGAAGCAAGUUGGGAUGGGAGCUUCAGUCCGGAAUCUGCCCAAGGAUAUGUUGAUGCUCUGAACUUACUUCUGUCUAACCAAAAAUAAAAAUUACGAGCUAAGUACCCUAAUUGAUUCGAGAGACAAUGAGAAAGUGUCAAUAGAUUUUAGUCCCAAGUUAUCAUGGUUUUGUAGUGUUGACUUUUCAAUAAACGUUGAUAAUUCAUGAUCAUAAAGAUAA